CUUUCAAAUCCCUACGAUAUUUUUUCUGGACAGUCACAACCUAACGUCCGACUGGACACCAUUGUGGAUUAGCACCAUCAUCUGGGGUCGGGCACGGGGUCAAGCUCUCUUAUGGCUCGAUUAGCUGUAAAGAUCCUAACUUAAGCAGAAGGUUGGAGGCGAUCGGUUUCUGGAACCAGAGCACUGAACCCCGAGACAGCGUUCCGCUGGGACCCCCGAGACAGCGUUCCGCUGGGACCUCGAGACAUGUUCAACUGCAUUCCUCUGUGGCGGUGCAACCGGCACGUCGAGGCCGUGGACAAGAGACACUGCUCGCUCCUCGCCGUCCCUGACGAGAUUUAUCGCUAUAGCCGGAGCCUGGAGGAGCUGCUGCUCGACGCCAACCAGCUCCGGGAGCUGCCCAAACCAUUUUUCCAACUUGUGAAAUUACGGAAACUUGGACUAAGUGACAACGAAAUCCAGCGGCUUCCUCCAGAAAUAGCAAACUUCAUGCUGUUAGUCGAGUUGGAUCUGUCCCGAAAUGAUAUUAUGGAAAUUCCAGAGAGCAUCUCAUUUUGCAAAUCAUUACAAGUAGCAGAUUUUAGUGGCAACCCCUUGACCAGGUUGCCUGAAAGUUUUCCUGAGUUGCGGAACUUGACAUGCCUCUCCCUGAAUGAUAUCUCACUACAGGCACUUCCUGAAAAUAUUGGAAAUCUUAUAAACCUGGCAUCACUUGAACUAAGAGAGAACCUGCUGACCUUGCUACCAGAAUCACUUGCCCUUCUCUGCAAAUUGGAAGAACUGGACCUCGGAAACAAUGAACUAUAUAAUUUGCCAGAAACUACAGGAUCACUUUCAAACCUUAAGGAUUUGUGGCUGGAUGGGAACCAACUAGUGGAAUUGCCUGCGGAAAUUGGAAAUCUGAAGAACUUGCUGUGUUUGGAUGUGUCGGAAAAUAAACUGGAGAAACUCCCGGAAGAGAUUAGUGGACUUGGUUUGCUCACUGAUCUGCUGGCUUCACAGAAUCAACUGGAGGUUUUACCAAAUGGAAUUGGAAGACUAAAACAGCUUUCCAUUCUGAAGCUUGAUCAGAAUCGUUUGGUCCAGUUGACAGAAGCUAUUGGCGAAUGUGGAAACCUUACGGAGCUUGUGCUCACAGAAAAUCAGCUGGUGGGUUUGCCAAGAAGUAUUGGAAAGUUAUGGAAGCUGACAAAUUUUAAUGUGGACAGAAAUAGAUUGACUUCCAUUCCUAAAGAGAUUGGUGGGUGCUGCAGCCUUAACGUCUUCAGUCUGCGAGAUAACAGAUUAACAAGAAUCCCUCCAGAAAUUUCGAAGGCUACUGAACUUCAUGUGCUGGAUCUAGCAGGAAACAGGUUGACAUACUUGCCAUUGUCACUGACCACCUUGAAACUGAAGGCCCUUUGGCUGUCUGAAAACCAGUCACAGCCUCUCCUAACUUUCCAGACUGAUGUCGAUGUAGAAACACAUGAAAAGGUUCUGACCUGUGUAUUGCUUCCUCAACUGCCUUCUGAACAGAACAACUAUGCAGAUAACUUGCCACGCUGUGGAGCAUUGGAAAGUUUGGUGAAUGACAUGUCUGAUGAAAUGUGGAAUGAACGUGCAAUGAACAGAAUCAGUGCAAUACGUUUCUUAGAUGAUGAGGAUGACGAUGACGACGAAGAUAAGGGCACACUUCUGAGGAGAGCCACUCCACACCCAGGGGAACUGAAGACCUUAAAAAAGACGGCAGAGAACUUGAGGAAUGACAUGAAUGCUGCUAAAGGACUGGACUCCAACAAAAAUGAGGUCAAUAAUGCCAUUAAAAGAAUGACCACUUCUGUAUAGAGUUUUACCUCAAACUCUCACCUCGUGUGUCUCCCUGACUGUGUAAACAUUAAUGUUAACCCAUCCUUGGAACUGUUCCAGUCUGUGUGUACACACCAACCCCACCUGAUUUUGUUUCUUCAUGUCAACAAUGUUUAUAGUAACUGCAACCUGGAAGAAAGUGCCUUAUUUCCACCAGUGAUUGCACCCAUCUGCCCAUGUUUUAUCAUGCCAUCUUUUUUUCCUAAAAGAACUAUUCAUCUUUAUAUAUAUAUAUAUAGAUAUAUAUAUGUAUAUGUAGAUGCACUGCUGUGUAGAAUUAGAAAUCCUUGCAUAUAAUUUUGUUAUACACAGGGUGAAUGCAUUUUUUAAAAAAAGGUAUAUUUUUGGGGGUUGUAUGCCCAGGUAUUUGGACCUGCUGAAAAAUAAUUGUACAGUUUUAUGUGAAAUUUGAUACUUUUAUACGGUUUGGCAGCUUGGAUUAUGUAAAUUUUAAAAUUUUUGUAUAGCAAGUUUGACAAUAGGUAUUUUGAAUUUCAUCAAGAGCUAUGGUACGCAUUUUUAGUAGCUGCAGAAAUCAACUCUUUGUUUCCCAAAUCAUCUGCAUUCUGUGUUCAAACUGUUGAAUUACUCACUAGUGUCUCCCUUUCCCUACCCUCCCCCUUCCAUGUUGUAAGCCAAGUCUUUAUUGUGAAUACUAAUAACACAAAACUAUUUUUUUUCCUUGGGAUAGUCUUGCAGUGGUUAGACACUAUUUUUGUGGGGCACAGAAAAAAAAACACUACACCGGAGGUGUAUGCAUCAGAACUCGAAGGUUUGUUGUAACUUUUAACCCUUGCCCUGCUAAAUAAACAGAAUUUGCACCAAACGAAUAUGCUGUGACAUACGCUUUAAAGGGUUAAUUCUAAUCAACAUAACCACCCCCCCCCCCCCCCCGCCCUUCUUCAUCCUUUGCCUGGCACUGCAUUUUCUAUUGACUGGAAUGUUAACAACCAUUGCACAGUUGCAAACAGUUUUAUAAUGAAUGAAACUUGAGGUUCAGUCUUGAUUUUUAUUCAUUGUUCACAUACUGCACAAGAAAUUUUAAGAUUUGUUUUACAAUAAAUGAAGGCUUUCUGCUGGCCAAAGAUAACCACUGAUUUAAAAACUAAAUUGGCAGUAGUCUUUCAAAUGAGCAGGUCAUUUUCCAGUUCGAUUUAUUUUCUACUGGUGCUGAGAUAUAUCGAAUUGAUACAAGGGGUAUAAUCUUAUGUUGAGACCUCCAGUCAGGCAACCAUAGAAGUAAUGCUUGAGUGGUUUAAGAUCAUUUUGGUCAUUGUCUAAACAGAGAUUGUUACGGGUUUGAGGUCACCUCUUGCUGUCUAUUCAGAAUGUACCCUGAUCACUUUCAUUUUGGUAAUUAUAUUGAUGACUCUCUUUGUUCACUCUGGUUCUGUAUUUGGAAACUGGUAGGGUGGGUUUGUAUUGAUUCAUUGAUCUGCUUGUUUGAUAAACGAGAUACAUUUUAUGUAUUUUUGCCUAAUAAACAUGAUUAAUUUUUGUAA